AUGCUCUUUGGUUUGGGAGAUAUGGGUGAAAUGAAGGCCUUGGACACGGGCGAACACUGUGGCUGUAUUGCUAGCUAUGGAGCGUACCCCGUCUGUAAAGGCUGCUCGGUGUGCUCCAGGGAUAACGGCUGUGUAAACUGCCAACCUAAACUCUUCCUGUUCCUGAGGAGAGAGAGGAUGAGGCAGUAUGGGGAAUGUCUUCACGACUGUCCGGCCGGAUACUAUGGCAUGCGCAGCCCAGAAGUCAACAUGUGUUCCAGGUGCAGGAUAGAGAAUUGCGAGUCCUGCUUCAGCAAAGACUUCUGCACCAAGUGCAAGUCAGGUUUCUACCUACACAAGGGGCGCUGCUUCGACAAAUGCCCCGAGGGCUUUGCCCCACUGGAAGACACCAUGGAGUGCGGAGAAGGCUGUGAGGUGGGUCAGUGGAGCGAAUGGGGAGCCUGUACCAGGAGAAACAAAACCUGCGGUUAUAAGUGGGGUCUGGAGACCCGGACGCGGCACAUUGUAAAGAAGCCACCCAAGGACUCGAUACCCUGUCCAACCAUCGCUGAGUCCAGGAUGUGCAGAAUGGCCAUGAGACAUUGCAGGAGAGGCGGCACAGGGAAGCACCGAAACAAAGAGCCAAAGAAGAAGAACAAGCAGAGGCUGCGGUUUCGGGCCCAGAACCAGCACAGCGAUCACUUGGCCUCCGUGCGCUCCGGCCAGUGA